CCUCGCGUUAGUGAUCGGCGGCCGUGGACCGCGGUCAUCCUGAGUCUCGGGCUGAAGUACCGCGUGACCCGGAGGUCCUCCGCGCGGCGCUCAGAGCCGAGCGUUGUGGAGCCGGCCGGCGCGGGGAGCACUCGGAAGUGACGUCACGGCCCCAGCCAGCGGUAGCCGGCCUCGAACCCGCGGCCGCCGGCGGUGCGAAGGCCGGGCCGUCAGGACUGCGGGGCGCCGGGCGUCGCUGCCGCGCGUGAGGAGGCCAUCCCUUUCCCCAGCACGUUGCUCGGCUCACCUGGAAGGAUCCGGGGGAGCCCCCGUGGUGAACACACUCCGGAACCCCGCGCGAGUGUCCUGACAGAUUUUUCUUCUAAAAAUCUGAAUUUCGAGAAUAUAUUGGAUACUCCUGGGCAUGAAGAGCUGUUUUAGUUAGUGGCCCUGGAGUUGCAGACAUGGCUACAUCGGCGAGUCUGGACAUUGGUGCCCAGCUCAUAGUGGAAGCGUGCCCCAGUGCGGAGAGCCUCGUGGGCAUGCCCGACAUCAAGAUGGAACACCCACUGGACCCGCAUGCAGAAGACGGGUCCGCUCAGGGCGUGGCCAUGGGAAUGAAGCUCAUUUUGCCAAACCGGUUUGAUAUGAACGUGUGCUCUCGGUUUGUGAAGUCCUUGAACGAAGAAGAUAGUAAAAAUAUUCAAGAUCAAGUUAACUCGGACCUGGAAGUGGCAUCUGUCCUAUUUAAAGCUGAGUGUAAUAUCCACGCAUCUCCCUCCCCGGGAGUCCAAAUGAGGCACGUCUACACUCCCUCCACAACAAAGCACUUCUCGCCCAUAAAGCAGUCGACCACUCUGACCAACAAGCACCGAGGAAAUGAGGUCUCCACCACACCUCUGCUGGCGAAUUCUUUGUCUGUUCACCAGCUGGCAGCUCAGGGAGAGAUGCUCUAUCUGGCUACUCGAAUUGAGCAAGAAAAUGUUAUCAAUCACACGGAUGAAGAAGGAUUUACCCCUCUGAUGUGGGCUGCGGCACACGGGCAAAUAGCUGUGGUAGAGUUUCUACUUCAGAAUGGUGCUGAUCCCCAGCUGUUGGGAAAUGGCCGGGAAAGUGCCCUGUCCUUGGCCUGCAGUAAAGGCUACACCGACAUCGUCAAAAUGCUGCUCGACUGUGGAGUCGACGUCAAUGAAUAUGACUGGAAUGGAGGGACACCUUUGCUUUACGCUGUACAUGGAAAUCACGUGAAAUGUGUCAAGAUGCUGUUAGAAAAUGGAGCUGACCCAACAAUCGAAACCGACUCUGGCUAUAAUUCUAUGGACUUGGCGGUGGCCCUGGGCUAUAGAAGUGUCCAACAGGUUAUCGAGGCCCACCUGCUAAAGCUGCUGCACAAUGUCAAGGAGUGACGCGGGCACGCAGGGUGGCGUCUGCCCUCCCCCGGCCGCCUGGUCCCUCACGACAGCUCUGUUUACGUACACAUUUUACCUCAGUUGCAAUAUUUACUGAUUUCUAGUAGUUUUAAUAAGUAUUCCUUUGAGUAAUUCACUGGUUUAUAAUAAGAUUAAUGUUGAUGCUUUUUUUUUUAAAUAAAUGUAUAUGCUGUAUAUUUAAGAUUCUAAAUUAAUGUUUUGUGGCAUGUACAUUUUUAUGGUACAGAUGGCUAUGUGUCUUUGUAGCAAGUGCUGUGAUGUUGAGGUCUGUGGGGACUCUCCCGCCCUUGUUCUUGUACUAACCCGUUGCCUGCCUGGGGUUUGCCGUGUGUCUGUAGGGGAAGGACUCGCUAUGGUCCCAGUAAAAAGUGCUCAGUGUGGCUGUUUACAGAAAGACGUUAAGUAAGUACUCUGUCGGUUUACAUGCUAAUUUUUUAAAUUAUGUAAGA